AUGGAACAAACUUAUUUUGAUAUUAGUGCUGGUAAUAAGAUUGGAGUACACAAAUUUUUGAAGGCUUUGGAAUUAUUAGAUAAUGAAGUUAUGCCUAUCAACAUGGAUAAUAAUGACAAUAGCAAAUCUGACAUUAACAAAGAAGAUAAAGCUCAUCAAUGUUUUAUCCUUCUUAGGCUAUUUACCAUGUGCCUUCCUAAUUUAUCUAAGCAAGUAAAAAAUGAAUUAUUUGUCGUAUUUUCUAGAUCUAAUUUAUUUGGAGUAUUAGAACACAAUGCAUUAUUGGAUGCUCUAGCUCAUCUUGUGAAAGGUUUAAAUCUUUUCGAUUAUGAUGAACUUGG